AUAGCUGUUGUGGGUGAUCGGCGUCCGCUUCCAUCUGCAGCGGUGCCUCCUCCAAGUCGCAAUUGCAUUCUGUAAUCUCCAUCAACAAAGCCCACCCUCUUGUCGCUGCGAGGCUACAGAGUCUAAUCCAGCCACUUAGUUAGAUUCUAAGAAAGAGCAAAGCGGGAUGGCAAAUGAUGAUCAGAUGUUUCUCUUGUACUUCAUAAUGGGUACCUACUUUGGCCCUGAUGUUAAAGGAGAAAGGCCUCCUAAGUCAGUCUUGCAGAGAAUAGCCGAGGGACUUCCACCAUAUACUUUUGAACAACUAGAUGGGUCCCAAAUCACUACAGCAGAGGUACAGCAAGUAUACUAUUAUGUUCUUAGGAAGGCUGAUCAAUCUGCCAUUGUUCAGUUACCUUUGUUGCACCAGUUCUUCCAUGGUAAUCUCUUCAUCCAAGGACAAGAAGACACAGCCAAUUACCCUCAGUUUCCUGAUCUCUUUCCUCCCCUACUUCACUACAAUUCGCAGUCAAGAACCAGAUUCAACUUCUUUGAGAACAUUGUAUUUAUCAGAAAUCCGGAAAUAUCUUACAUUAAGCCAGGAGACUUAGAAAGAUUUAAGAGGCUAACUGGGCUGAAAGAUCUUUUUCUGGAUAGAGAUUCUGAGAGGUUGCAUGCCAAUACUGAUGGAUGUGUUUCUUAUGAUACGACAGUCCAUGAGCAGAAGUCUAAUGGAGGAUCACCUUCCAUUAGAUCUUCUCGAAGCUCUACUAUAAAAAAACAUGUAGAUGAUCUCCUAGAAUGUAAGGAUUCUCUGAAACAAGUGCAUUUGGUGGCUCCUACCAGUAGCGUUGAAUAUAAUGGUACACCUGUUAUGUACAGUUAUAUGGCUCCUCUGCCAACGGGAAAUGGCUCUGAAGAUACGCAGAAAGUUGAUCCUACUAUGAUUUUUCUUCCUUCUCCUCCAACUGAAAAGGAGUGGUCAGAUAUUGUAGCUGCAACCAAACAUGGAUUUGCAUUGACUGGGAGUGCAGCAACAGGACAGAUAGGACCAACUAUAGGACUCAUUGACAUUGGAGAGUCUGAGGACUCCUACCUGUUUCGUGUAUCGCUUCCCGGGGUGAGAAGAGAUGAAAGGGAAUUUAGCUGUGAAGUUGAAAAUGAAGGACGAGUAUUGAUCAGAGGGGUCACCAUAACAGGUGAGAAGACAGUCUAUAGGUACUGUCAGAUCUUUGAAAUGCAAACGCAAAAUCUCUGCCCUACAGGGCAUUUUUCGAUCUCAUUCCAGCUGCCUGGUCCAGUUAAUCCCCAACAUUUUUCGGGUAAUUUUGGUACUGAUGGAAUCCUAGAAGGAGUUGUGAUGAAACGCUUAGAUGAGACAGGACGCUUACGCUGAACUGAUAUCGGCUACUGUAUAUUUGUUUAGGGACUAUCUGAUAAGUAGUUUUAUUUUACUACCAAACUUUUGCCUCCUUUCACCUGCUCUUCCUAUGAGUGCUGAUUAUAGCUACUUUUAUGUCUCUGUAGUGUGUGUGUGUGUGUGUGUGUGUGUGAUCCCUGUUGUAGUGGAUGAUAAUCAAUGUUGUCCAUACUUAUGUUGUUGCAAUCUUAGUCAAUCUUAAUCCAAAGCACACAAAAUUUUCG